AGAAGCUCAACUCACUAUUUCACACCCGCAGAAAGAGCUCGAGCACUUGACUCCAAAGAUCCGCCCUCGAUCGUUUUGGACGCUUUUCUGCAGGACCGGCACUCAUCUACGACCCUAAAUGGACCAGACUAAUGGACUGGUUUGGUCAAACACUGUAGCAUCCGAGGAGCAUCUGGGAUCCGUGUGUGUGUGUGUGUGUGUGUGUGUGUGUGUGUGUGUGCGCGCUGUCCAAUCCGGCGGAUCUUCAUUUAUAAUUUAUCAGAACGCUUUUGGACAGAUUGCACUCUCACGGUAGGCUAUAUUGGUUUGGGAAAUGUCCCUAAAGGAUUCCAAGUCAGGAUUCUCUGUCCGCGAUAUCUUAGACCUUCCGGACACGAACGAUGAAGGAUUGGAGACUGAAGACACUGAGGAUGAGGCGGAUGAAGGCUCUUCUGGAAAUCAGCAGAGCGCAUCCUCUGGAGAUGCGCUUUGGUUCGGAUCGCCCUGUGGCCAAACAUAUCCAGCAGUGUCAUCCGCGUCUCCAGAGGGUUUAACUCCAGAACUGUCCACGGAUGAGUCUGUUGAUCGGGACAGGGAGAGUUCAGAGGACUCGGAAAAAAAGCGCAAAAGGAGGAUCCUGUUUUCAAAGACUCAAACGUAUGAACUGGAGAGACGCUUCAGGCAACAGAGAUACUUAUCCGCGCCUGAGAGAGAGCAUCUAGCUAAGGUCUUACAACUGACUCCGACGCAAGUGAAGAUUUGGUUCCAGAACCAUCGGUACAAAGUGAAACGAGCCCGAGCUGAGAAAGGAAUGGACCCGUAUCUGCUGUCUCCGCGCCGGGUUGCUGUUCCCGUUCUGGUGAGGGACGGAAGAGUGUGCCAUGUUCUCAAUCCUCAGGACAUCACUGCUACUGUUCCAGCAGCGGCACCAUAUACUGCCUUUAAUAUGAAGCAGUUCCCUCAAAUUCAGCACAGUCACAACAUCUGCUCCAGCGUCAUGACACAUCAUCUGGGCCACAUGCAGCCUUGGUCCUGGUGAAGAGCUACUGGAGAGCUUUUACGCAGCGGAAAUUUCGCUUCACUAAUUAGGCUAUAUUUCUACAGUGUGGACAUAUAUAUUUUUAAAUGUGUUUUAAAUGUUUUUUUCCAAUGACGGUUCAUUUUAUUUUCGAUAUAACUGUAAUACACCCUGGGACACCACCAUCUCGCAAAAGUGUUGUCUGUAGUUAUAUUUAUGCUUUACAGUGUAUUGAUGAGUAAAUUUUAGCAAGAGUACAAGAAGGUUGCGGACAAUUUGAC